CAAGAAGGUGGGAGUGCGCGGAGUGGCGCGAGCGCAGCGCCGCGAGCCGGGUCCGGGCGCGUCCGCGGUGGUGUCUGACUGUUACCCCGACUCGCUCGAGUGGGGACGCCGGCGCCCGCGCCUCUUCUCUCUCCGGCUCCCCGCCCGACGGACGCGAUGGCGGAUUCCGGGGCGGCCGGCGCGGGCGGAGAGGCGAUGGCGGCGGUGGAAGGCUCCCUGGGCCCGGCGGGCUGGUGUCUCGGCCGCGGCUUCUCGAGCUACCGGCCCUUCGAGCCCCAGACGUUGGGGCUGAGCCCCAGCUGGCGGCUGACGGGCUUCUCCGGCAUGAAGGGCUGAGGCUGCAAGGUCCCCCAGGAGACGCUGCUCAAACUCCUGGCGGGACUGACGCAGCCGGACGCGCGGCCGCUGGGCCGGGCUCCGCUCGGAGGCCUGGAGGAGGCGGCCCAGGAAGCCGGGCUGCCCAUCGGGACCGAGGCCAGCCCCGCAUCUCCAUCCCUGGGCAUCGGGCUGGACUCGUGUGUCAUCCCCCUGCGGCACGGGGGCCUGUCGCUGGUGCAGACCACGGACUUCUUCUACCCGCUGGUGGAGGACCCCUACAUGAUGGGGCGCAUCGCCUGCGCCAACGUGCUGAGCGACCUGUACGCCCUGGGCAUCACGGAGUGCGACAACAUGCUGAUGCUGCUGAGUGUCAGCGAGAGCAUGACCGACGAGGAGCGGGACAAGGUCGUGCCCCUGAUGGUCAGGGGCUUCCGGGACGCGGCCGAAGAAGGCGGGACGGCGGUGACGGGCGGUCAGACGGUGGUGAACCCGUGGAUCAUCGUCGGCGGGGUGGCCACGGUGGUGUGUCAGCCCAACGAGUUCAUCAUGCCCGACAGCGCGGUCGUCGGGGACGUGCUGGUGCUGACCAAGCCCUUGGGGACCCAGGUGGCCGUCAACGCCCACCAGUGGCUGGACCACCCCGAGAGGUGGAAUAAGAUCAAGAUGGUGGUCUCCAAGGAGGAGGUGGAACUGGCCUACCAGGAAGCCAUGUUCAACAUGGCCACCCUCAACAGAACGGCCGCGGGCCUGAUGCACACAUUCAACGCCCACGCGGCCACCGACAUCACGGGCUUCGGCAUCCUGGGCCACGCGCAGAACCUGGCGAAGCAGCAGAGGAACGAGGUGUCCUUCGUCAUCCACAACCUGCCCAUCAUCGCCAAGAUGGCGGCCAUCAGCAAGGCCAGCGGGCGCUUCGGGCUCCUGCAGGGCACCUCGGCGGAAACCUCUGGAGGCCUGCUCAUCUGUCUGCCGCGAGAGCAGGCAGCUCGCUUCUGUUCCGAGAUCAAAUCUUCCAAGUACGGAGAAGGCCACCAGGCGUGGAUCGUGGGCAUCGUGGAGAAGGGUAACCGGACGGCCCGGAUCAUUGAUAAGCCCAGAGUUAUCGAAGUCCUACCUCGAGGAGCCUCCGCAGCUGCUCUUGCUCCGGACAGUUCCAGCGCCUCUGCAGAGCCAAGCUCGUGAGAUGGGACCGCAGUUGUCUGUACUGCAGAGCAGCCAUCCAGCCAUCCCCAAGGACUGACUUUAAGAACUUUCCGAACAAGGCUGCCUGCAUCUUAGUUUGGCCCAGCAGAAGUCAAAACAUUCCAAGACCAAAAGUAACAUUUUGACUUUGUAAGGGGGAGGUUUGUUCACCAUUUGCAGCAAAGCCGGGUUCCUCUUUCUAAGAGUAAGAUGCGGCUACUCAGGCAUGAGGGUUUUUUUUUUUUUUUCUUUUUCUUGGUACUGAAUUCGAUUCACUUCUGCACAGGGAAUGGGAUUAUUAAAAUUACAUACACCAAAAAAAAAAUUGUAAAAACAAACAAAAAAAAUACUUAGAUCCGAAGCAAACCAGUUUGGACCAAUGCUAUUGACAAAUCUGAAUUGUGCAGAGAAAUCUUAUAAUGCAGUGUCAAAUUCUUUAUUACAUUUGUCUGAAAGUCUGGCUCUUUCCUGCUCUGGACAAGAAUUGAGCAGCUUGUCCAGUGACUGGGAAAGGAAAACCUGAUGCGGUCUGACUUGGGCUCUGUUCAUGACGUCUCUCCCUCUAAACCCCAUUAAGGGCUGGGAGACUCAGAGCAACCCCCAGAGCCCAGGUCUUGAUGGCCAUUACGACGUUAAACCUCGCACUGAAAAUUGCUGGUGAUUUAAUAGAUUUCUAGUGAAAUAAAAAGUACUCUGUUGAAAACCUG